AUGAUUCGCCACAUACUUUCUCUAAGCAAGCGUAACUAAUCUUUUGGGUCAACCAAAAACAUUUUGGAUUUCUCUGAAUUUUUAGAGCGCAAUGUUUUAUCAUCCGCUCCUAAACAAAUAUCCCUUGCUACAAUAAGAAACACGAAAGAAAGGGAGCACUAUUCAAAAUGCUUUGAUAGAACAGGAAAAUGCUAAGGGUGUGAAAAAAAUAAAAACUGGAAAAAAGAUGAAAGUCGUCUUACAAUAGGCGAAGCAAUCAGAGAAGCUUAAAGAUGUCUAAAAUGCACCGAUGCACCCUGUUAAAAAGGAUGCAGUACAUCCAUCGACAUUAAAAGUUUCAUUUACAACAUAGAGAAAAAGAAUUGGUAUAAAACGGUUUAACAAUCUAUUAUAGGUAUGGAGCAGCAAAAGUCAUAUUAACUGACAAUCCUCUGGGCUUGAGUUGUGGAUAAUUAUGCCCAAUAAGUGAAUUGUGUGCCAGAAAUUGUAAUGUAGCAUCUAGUGAAAAAGGUGCUAUUAAAAUCAAUAAGCUCUAAGAGUUCGCAGUCUCAAUGUUUAAGGUAAAUACCCUUAGUAACCUAUUAGGAAAUGGGUGUUAAACAGAUUCGAGAUCCUAAAUUGCCGAAAAAUGACCAUAUAGUAUUCGAUUCAUCCAUAGCCUUAAUUGGAGCUGGCGCUGCCUCGUUAUCCUGUGCUACCUUUUUAGGAAGAUUGGGAUACAAAAAUGUUACUAUUUUCGAGAAAUAGUAACAUGCUGGAGGAUUAGUAGUAUCAGAAAUCCCUAUGAAUCGUUCCCCAGUAGAUGACAUUAAUUGGGAAAUCGAAUAGGUGAAACAACUGGGAAUAAAAUUUGUUUUUGGAAAGGAAUUAGGGAAGGAUUUCACAAUAGAGUCAUUAAGGAAGGAGGGAUAUGAGUGUGUGUUCCUUGGAUGUGGGCUUAAUGAGCCAAAAAAGGGACUAGGACAUAUAUACUAAUAAAGUCACAUUUUAAAUUCGAAGUCCUUUUUGCCCAAAGUGAAUAAGGCUGUGAAGCAAGAUAAGGACGUAGAGGCCACUCCAAAACUCUCAGGACAUGUUAUAGUAUUAGGAAUUGGAGAUACAGCAUUAGAUUGUGCUAGAUCAGCUUACAGGUGUGGAGCACAAAGAGUAAGCGUCAUAUUUAGAAGGGGAUGGUAGGACAUUCGAGCAAAUGACGAGAUUCUGAUUCCCUCUAAGAAUGAGGGCAUCAAUUUCAUACCUUAUGAAUAGCCACUUAAAUUAAUAGAAGUCGAUGGCUAAUAUAAAUAAAUUGAAUUAGAGUAAAAUCUCCCAGUUAAUAACGAUGCUUUCAACUUGAAGUACCAACUCACAGGAGACAAAGUAACAAUGAGUUUUGACUAUUUGAUCACAGCCUUUGGUUCAGAAAUAUAAAAUAAAGAAUUGGACUAGUUUUUAAAUUAAAAGAAUGGCUUUGUUUAGAUAAACGAUUCACACCAGGUCAAAGGUUACGAUUGGCUCUAUGCAGGUGGAGAUGCUGUUGGAGUGGCUAAUUUGGUGGAUGCAGUCAAUGA